AUGUCCCUCCCAGCCCCAAAACCACUAACCAUCGCCAUCCUCCCAGGCGACGGUCUCGGACCCCAGCUCGCUACAUACGCAGAUAACCUCCUAACCGCAAUCCAAAAGACCCGGACAAGCCUCUCCUUCCAAACACGUCUACACCCCUUCGGCGGCGCCGCCUUAGCAGCUGGCCACAGCAGCGCCAUACCAGCAGCAACCCUCUCCGCAUCAAAAACCGCAGACGCAGUCCUGCUCUGCGCAUGCAAUGACCCCACCUACGGUCUCGAGCCGGAGAAAGGCCUGUUGAAACUCCGACAGGAAUUGGGAGUGUAUGCGAAUAUCCGCCCUGUGCGGUUCCCGAGUUCGGCGCUGGCAGAGGCAAGGUCUUAUAUUUAUAAGCCCGAGGCUGUGAGGGAUUUGGAUAUUACCUUCUUUCGGGAUCUUACGGGUGGUGUGUACUAUGGGGCACGGCAAGAGGGUGCUGAAGGAAAAGGGCAGGCAUAUGACACGACGGAGUACUCGCGCGGUGAUAUCGAGCGGCUUGCGCGGCUGGCGGGGCGGUAUGCGCUGCAGUUUAACCCUCCCAAGGCGGUUCAUUCGGUGGACAAGGCGAAUGUGAUGGCGACGGGGAGGUUGUGGAGGAGUGUUGUGAGCGAGGUGUUUGCGGUGGAGUUUCCGAGUGUACCGCUGGAUCAUGUUCUUGUUGAUAACGCGGCUGCGGUGCUUGCGUCUAGGCCGAUGGAGUUGAACGGGGUUGUUCUUACGGAGAAUCUGUUUGGGGAUAUCUUGUCGGAUCAGGCUGGGGGGAUUGUUGGGUCUGGGGAUGUGCUUGCGUCUGCGGCUGUGUCGGGUUUGCCUGGGAAGGGGAAGAUUGGGCCGGGGAUAUUCGAGCCGUUGGACUUGAAGAUGAGGACUGAGCUGAGGAAUCCGCUGGGAAUUGUGCUGGCUGUCUAUCUUAUGCUGGAGAUGGGUUUAGGGCUUGCUGCUGAGGCGGAUGCACUGUCCAAGGCGAUCAGGCAGACGCUCGAUCCUAUAGAGCUGAUCGGGUCCGAUAUGCUGACGACAGACUUGGGCGGCUCAGCAACACCAGACCAGUUCAUGGAAAAGCUCAUAUCGAAUCUGGAGCUAUACCUGGAAGCUGCAAACUCCGCAGACCUCGCAGCAGGCAGGGCAAAGCACCCAGCCAGCCCAGCUCCAUCUCUAACAGACCGUCGCCCGAUGGGUAUCAUAGAGAAGAUCAUGGCCCACGCCGGAGUCGGACUAUCACGACCAGACGUACGUCCAAGCGAGAUGAUCUGCGUCAAGGUGGACUGGACCAUCACCUCCGAGCUGCUCUGGGCCGGGAUGGAGAAGACAUACGACCAGAUGGGCAGACCACGACCCUACCGCAACGACAGACUAUGGCUAGCCGUGGACCACACCGUCGACCCGCGGACAAACCACCAGCCUCGCCAGCAGGGACUCAUCAGCAAGGCCGAGCGCUUCCGACACGAGGCCAAGAUAGUCGAUUUCCUGCCCGCGAAUACCAGCAUCAUGCACACGGAUUUCACACGCGACCGGGCCCAGCCGGGACGCAUUGUCGUGGGCAGUGACUCGCAUACCUGCUCGGCAGGGAGUAUGGGGUCCUUCGCCGUUGGAUUCGGCGCUGCAGAUGUAGUCAUGCCCAUGGUAACCGGCGAAACGUGGUUCAGAGUCCCGGAAGUCUGUCGUAUCAAUUUCAUUGGUAGCCUACCAUUCGGCGUAGGAGGGAAGGACGUCAUCCUACAUAUCCUGGGACUAUUCAAGCGCAAUACCAUCGCCUUCCAGCGAGCUGUUGAGUACGGCGGGCCCGGGCUGAAGGAGCUGUCCAUGGAUGCACGGUUUGCAAUCGCCAAUAUGAACACUGAAUUCGGCGGCAUGGGAGCCUGUUUCGAGGCGGAUGAAGUCACUGCAGAUUGGAUUGCUCGUCGGCCACACCCUCAGCAUCGCGAGGGAGGGCUAUACUUCCGUGCAGACGCCGGGGCGAGAUACGCAGAGGAGAGGACGAUCGACCUCUCGCAAGUUGGACUCACAAUGGCGCUGUAUCCGAACCCGGAUCAUAUCGUGCCGGUGGCCGAGAAAAAAGGAAUGAAGCUGGACGGAUGCUUCAUCGGAGCCUGCACAACUACAGAAGAAGACCUUAUCGUCGGCGCCCUCGUCCUUGAAGCCGGUCUCCGCAGCGGAAUGACCCCAGUACCUCACGGAAAACGCCGCAUCACACCAGGCAGUCUUACGAUUAUCAAGAACCUGGACCGCCACGGCCUUCUCGAUAUCUACCGACAGGCCAGAUUCGAGGUUGGGGCGCCGGGAUGUUCAUACUGCGUUGGGAUCAACGACGUCGACGUGGCAGGUGAGGGCGAAGUCUGGCUCUCGUCCCAGAACCGCAAUUUCCGGAACCGCAUGGGGAAGGGCAGUUUUGGGAAUAUUACCUGUGCGGCAGCUGUUGCGGCGUCGAGCUUUGAUAUGCAGGUUACAGAUCCAAGGUGCCUUUUGGAUCGGCUGGAUAGGAAGAGAUUUGCGAGACUUGUUAGUACCUGGAAGGCUUCAAGUUCGGUCAGAAUCACACCGGAGAUUCAUGAGCCAGAGCCAGAAAUUGGAGAUUACGCUGGGGCAGUGUCGAGUAUGUUGGAUGGGAUUAAAGGGGAUACAGUGCAGAAGUCGAGGAUAGUUCGGUCGAGGGUGCAGCGGUUUGCAGAGAACGUUGAUACGGAUGCUAUAAUUCCGGCAGAGUUCAUGCCUGGUGUCGAUAAUGCGGACCUUGGGAGUCACUGCUUCCAGUACUUCCGUCCUGAAUUCAGGGACAAAGCUGCCAAUGGGUCCCAAAUCAUCGUCGCCGAGCACGGAUUCGGCAGCGGGUCGUCGCGAGAGGACGCCGUGAGGGCGCUGCUGGGAUCGAAUAUCCAGGCUGUCAUUGCAAAGGGAUUUGCGUUUAUCUACGAACGAAACCAAUUGAACAUGGGCUUGUUCAGCGUUAAGCUCCAAGACGCGGACUUCUAUUCCAAUGUACACGAAGACUCGGUGGUCAGCAUCGACAAGGACAGCAAGGCUAUCCGGAUUGAAGGGCUUGACAAGGUCUUUUACUACGAGCAGUCGGAGAUCGAGGAGGCAUUGCUGGACGCCGGGGGUGUGAUGCCGCUGUAUACAGAGUUUGGAAACGCAGUGUUUCGACAGCUGACGAGGCCGAAGGGAGGAAGAAAGGCAGGAAAUGUUAAUGGCGUCAAGAAGGAAGCAUAUACUAAUGGUGAAAAUAAAGAGGGCAGUACUAGUUGGUAG